GAUGGUAUGUCUAUGCAAAUUCAUCCUUGUUUGCAACUUCUGUCCUGUUUCGUCAGCAAUGUGAAAUUCAUUAAGAAAUGGAUCCUUUUGUUUGGUCACAAAUAAUGGAAACAAACCCUGCAAUAAAAAACGCUGCAAACUGUACAACCAAAUUAAUCCAUCAAAAAGUGUCAGACACUCAAAAGGGAUCUUCAAUAUCUCCGGAUCAUACAGCUGCACCUCUAGUAAUGUUGUGUACCUUAUCCAGUGCAGAAAAUGUAGCAAAGGAUCUUAUGUUGGCGAAACAGGACAGA